AUGGAGGUUUGUUAAUUUCUUUUUUUAUUUUUCUUUUUUUGUUUUUCUUAAUUGUUCUCCGAAUAAUUAUAUAUGCACAUUGUGAAAUAAGAAUGUGAAAUUUACUGCCUAUUAAGUUUUUUUCAGAUUUAAAAAAAUGGUCUUGAAGAAUAAAACAUCGAUUCCGUUCUAAAAUUUAUUAUAUUCUUUUACAGAAAAAAGGGAAGGGGCAGCUUCCAGAAGUUGGCGAUGUGUUCGAAAUGAAGGUUGAGCAACUAAAAAAGGUUUUGAAAAAGCAUCGCCUUUCUACAGCGGGGAAAAAGAGCGAUCUCCAGUUCCGAGUGGUAGAGGUUCGCUGUGUCCAUCCAUUUUCAAAACAAACUUCUGUCUUUUCAGUUUCUAUCAUCUCUCCCGAAAUGUCCACAGGUUCAACCUACUGAUGAGAAUUCAGAACCGGUUAAUAACAUGAUUUUCUUUUCUUUUCAAAUUUUUUUUUUUAAAGUUUGAGCCCAUGGAAACAUGUGAUCCCUAUGAGAAAGCUAAUUAUUCAAAAGGUUAGCCUUAUUAGAUAUUUUUAAAGAGAUUACUUUCAUUUUAAGAGGAAGAAAACCGAAAAAAGAUGAUGAGCGAACUGGGACUCGAACCCGCGGAUUUGAGUAAGUCUAUUGAGCUAGAACAUACUCCGAAUUUUAAUAUUUCUCAGUAGUGAAAAAUCGCCGGAAAACAAGCGACGUUGUUUUCGCCCCGGUUUCAGAGCUUAAAGGUUGGUUUCAAACAUUAGUUUGAAAGAUUUGUUCAAAUGAUAAAUAAAGUUUCAAAAUGAAUUUCUUAAAAGAAAAAUUAACUUGCAGAAGACAGCGAAAGAACUUUUGUCAUCGAAGAUGUUACCGGGAGCGAAACGAGUACAUCGGUACUUAAAUCCAUUUUUCAUGUCUAAAUGAUAGUCGAGAAGAUUUAGAUCUUAGAAAUUGGAAUUUGGUUAAGAACUUUGGCAUUUUUCAGGCUUUCAAAACUCCCGAACCGAAAGGGCGUCCUCUCAAAAACCUAAAAGGCAGUGCCUCGAAGUUGCUCAGCAGUAAGUUUUCAAGUUUAAAUUUGUAAAAGGCUAAUUAUUUUCCCUCUGUUUGAGUUUAUCGCAAAGUUCUCAGCGCGUGUGAUUUCAGUCAAGCAAAAAUUUGCAAACGCUCAUGCGAAGUUGACUGAUAAAAUGGAAACUUUGGAAGAGCGCCAAGUGAAAAUUUCGAAAAGACACGAGGAACUCACGGGAGCCCUUCCGACGACUUUCCAGGUAUUAUUAAAAAGCUUCAAUGUUUCAGAAGUUUUUUUGAUAUGGUUAUAAAUUAUUUUACUUUUCGGGCAUAUUUAGGAAGACCAUUUCCGAAGGCCUUCAUUGUUUCUUACCUUUCUAAAAUAAGGUCAAAAAAAUACUCCGAGAUAGUAACUUGGAAUUAUUUUUUUUAACUGAUAAGUUUAGUCUCUUCUUUAUUUUUUUUUCAAAGUGGAUAAACAUUUUAAAGUUUUCAUGAUAAGAUUCGACGGCUUAUCACUUUUCCUAAUGAAAAUUUAAUAGAAUCAAGAUUUACCCCAGAAUCAAAACAGCCUAAAAAAAUUCAAAAAAAUUUUAGUGAAAAAAACUUGUAAAAAUUUAUUUUUUUCUUCAAUUUUUUUAGUAAGCACUUAUAUUUGAAUUGCUCGCAAGUUACGCUUGAGCCUAUUCAGCGAGAGAAUUUUUCGUCUCAAAAAAAGGCCCUCAUAAAUACUAUAUGAAAAAAAAGAAACAAGAGGGACAGAUAAUAUAUAUAUAUAUAUAUAUAUUAUCUGUCCCUCUAUAUAUAUAUUAUCUGUCCCCUAUAUAUAUAUAUAUAUAUAUAUAUAUAUAUAUAUAUAGGGCUUCCGAUUUUCAGAGACUGGCAACGCCCAAAAGCGCGAGGAAGCGUCCGGCGAUCGUUUCUGUACCUCAGUGAGUAAUAUAAAUAUUCAGAAGUUGGCUUUCGAAGUUCUCUAUUUCAAUCAAACGCUACUGAGUCGGCUUCCGUCUCAUUCACGAGGAGUAUUCGCAGACUUUAAUCUCAAGUUCAAUCGACUAGGCGAUGAAUGAAAUAUUCUGAAAAUAUUUAUUUAUUUUGCGUGGGAAACCGCGUUCUUUUUUUGAAAAGUGGAACUAUUUUAGACUAGGCGAUGAAUGAAAUUUUCUGAAAAUUUUUUGAAAAGUGGAACUAUUUUAGAAAAAGCUUUGUAGAGAUACAAAGCAAAAGUAAACUUUUUGGAGGUUCGACCCGAACGUUGAUCCUACGACGUUGAAUUUCAAGUUUGGUCAGGCCGAAGUGACGGAAUUGCAAUCGCUACAAAAGCCUUUUGUGAAAAGCGACAAGGACGUGAGACCAGCUCGGAAGGAAGCAGUAAUAAUGACUUGUCGGCAGAAACGGCUCAUUGAAUCUUUCAAGGUGCGGUUGGACGUGAAGGCCGCGGCCAAGGCGAAGACCAAGGGGAAAGCUCCAACAAGAAUUGCAGCUCCCCAAGCAUCUUGUGUCACGCCCAUCCGUUCAACAGGUUAGUCUGUUCAGAUUUUGAAUGUCAAGCAGCUUACUCCACCCCCAAGGCUACAAUAUCUUUCGCGUCAAUUUUUCAUCCCAGAUGAUGAACCUUUAACAUUUCUGCAUUUUUUGACUUCUUUUUCUAUUUUUUAGCACAAAAAAGAUCAAAACUCGUCUCGCACGACAAAACAUCGACGCGAAAAGAUACUGUGGCGGAGUAAUCUGGUUGACAUUUAAAAUCUGAACAGACUAUAAUUUUUUUCAAACUUUUACCUCGGCUUCGUGUAUUGAAAAUGAUUCGUUUUUAAAUUAAAAAGCCUAUUCGAUAGGUACUUUUUUCUUUGAAAAAAAAAGAAAUCGGCGUAUUUUUCCAGGACCUCAACGCACUUUCACGCCGCAUACCGGUACUAAAAAGAAGGUUUUUGUCGAUACGACCGUGCUAUCUGAUCGGGAGUUCGCCUUGGCUCGCGAAGAGGGUUUGCUACCAGGCACACAGAAAAAGAAGCUCGUGUAAGUUUCGAUUCAGAAAUUCAGCCUUAACUGAACUGAAGCACAAUUGAAAAACUUAAGGACGAAUGCGGAGCAGAGAAACAUCGACAGGAAGAAACGUCGCGAGGAAAUCGUCGCCAUCAAGAGAAAACUCAAAAUUGAGAACUGA